CACAGAACAUGGCUCCUGCUCCCGGUGCUGCCGCUGAAGACUGGACUUCCAUCCCCGCGACGUAUGCGAGCGGAGAAGAUGCGGCUGCACAGCAGCCCAGAACUUCCGUCACAUGGGACCUGAGCUCGCCCAUGGCCUUUGAGGCCACUGCCCAGCCGACCACUAGUUCCGUCACCUCCCGGGCCUCGGCGUCCCUCCCACCCGAUACGCGCAGGGGCAGCCAAAAUAUCUGCUUAGGGGUCCAGCCGCAGAUCUGCUUCUUGCGGCCGCGGACCUCGCAGCAGCCGGUGCUCUUCAGCUUAAUGAAUUCCAGUGAAGCAGCGGUGAAAAAACUUUUACCCAAGAGUCACUUAUCGCGAGUGAUUAUUCGUGACAACCUCAGUGCACAACGAAUCUUUGAGAUAGAGAUAAGAGCUUCAGACAAGACCAAGAAAAAGAUGAACCACCUGCACGAUCACCUGAAGAAAAAGUUCAUGACUGACCAGCUCAGGAAGCUGGGGCGAUGGAGACGGGAAUCCACGAACAUCUGGCAGUACCUGGAUAGCAUCCGAGCGUACAAGUUUCAGUGCGAACUCCAGCAGGGCAAAAGCGAGGCACCCUAGUCAAGAAAUCAUUUUGCCCCCGGGGCGGCAGCAACGACAAGUAGGCUGGCGGAAGGUGAAGAACUAGAAGCUGGCCAGCCUCCACCAUCAUAGCACUCGUAGCAGCAACAAUAAAC